AUGGCUGCCCACGAUGAAGGGCGAUCAUCAUGUCCGUUUUGCAACAUCGCUGCUGCGAAUCCAUCGAGUCCGUCCGGGGCGGCGGUACAUGCUGAGCCUUUCGACCCAUCGGUGGAAGGAUCAGCUCACUGCAUUCUGUCAACGGAUCAUGUCCUUGCGUUUUUGGAUAUCAUGCCCCUGACAGAUGGACACGUUCUGGUUGCGCCACGGCAACAUUACGAGAAGCUUGGCGACAUGGGUGUUGCAGCUGGACAGGAGAUGGGGAAAUGGCUACCGAUUAUCUCUCGGGUCGUGACCAAGGUCAUCUUCGGGGAUGACCCAGACAGACACUGGAAUGUAGUCCAGAACAACGGCGAGCGAGCGGCCCAGCAAGUACCACAUGUGCAUUUUCACAUCAUUCCACGACCUUCCGAUUUCGCUCACAAGCCGAGCUUUGCCAUGUUUGGUCGCGGUCAGCGACAUGAGCUCGACGAUGACGAGGGAGCCGAGUUAGCUCGAGCGAUGAGAGCCGAACUGGAGCUGGAGAUCAAACGAGUUCAUAGAGAUGAGGGCAUAGACCUCUGUCAACCAUCAGGGAAAGGCAAAUUGUGA